UAAAAAGCGAAGAGGAAGAGGCUGGGGAGGAGGAGGAGGAGGAGGAGGGGGGGAGGAGGAGGAGGAAAGAAGAAGAAGAAGAAAGCGAGCAAGAAAAGAAAGCGAGGAGCCAGGCGGCCAGCCCAGCCGCGCCGCUCCCGGCAGCCAGGGCAGGAGGAGGAGGAGGCGGCGGCGGAGCGGGGGCCGGGGGCCGGCGAUGGAUGACCAGCCGCGGCUGAUGCACACGCACAGCGGGGUGGGGAUGCCGGGGCACCCGGGCCUGUCCCAGCACAUGCAGGAUGGACCAGGCGGGGCGGAGGGGGAGGCAGGCAGGAAGCAGGACAUCGGAGACAUCUUACAGCAGAUCAUGACCAUCACGGACCAGAGUUUGGACGAAGCGCAGGCCAGGAAACAUGCUUUAAACUGCCACAGGAUGAAGCCAGCCCUUUUUAAUGUCUUGUGUGAAAUCAAAGAAAAAACAGUGCUGAGCAUCCGGGGAGCGCAGGAAGAGGAGCCCACGGACCCCCAGCUGAUGCGGUUAGACAACAUGCUCCUGGCCGAGGGGGUAGCGGGCCCCGAAAAAGGAGGCGGCUCGGCCGCCGCUGCCGCUGCUGCCGCCGCAUCAGGAGGAGCCGGCUCCGACAACUCGGUGGAGCACUCUGACUACAGAGCCAAACUCUCCCAGAUCCGGCAGAUCUACCACACGGAGCUGGAGAAGUACGAGCAGGCGUGCAACGAAUUCACCACCCACGUGAUGAACCUGCUGCGUGAGCAGAGCCGGACCCGACCUAUCUCGCCGAAGGAGAUAGAGCGGAUGGUGAGCAUCAUCCACCGCAAGUUCAGCUCCAUCCAGAUGCAGUUGAAGCAAAGCACGUGUGAAGCCGUCAUGAUCUUGCGCUCCCGAUUUCUGGACGCACGGCGGAAGAGACGAAACUUCAACAAGCAGGCUACGGAAAUCCUGAAUGAGUAUUUCUAUUCCCAUCUCAGCAACCCUUACCCCAGUGAGGAAGCCAAAGAAGAGCUAGCCAAGAAAUGCGGCAUCACAGUCUCACAGGUAUCAAACUGGUUUGGAAAUAAGAGAAUCCGGUACAAGAAGAACAUAGGUAAAUUUCAAGAGGAAGCCAAUAUUUAUGCUGCCAAAACGGCUGUCACGGCUACCAAUGUGUCAGCCCAUGGAAGCCAGGCUAACUCACCCUCAACUCCCAAUUCAGCUGGUUCUUCCAGUUCUUUUAACAUGUCAAACUCUGGAGAUUUGUUCAUGAGCGUGCAGUCUCUCAAUGGGGAUUCUUACCAAGGGGCCCAGGUUGGAGCCAACGUGCAGUCACAGGUGGAUACCCUUCGCCAUGUUAUCAGCCAGACAGGAGGAUACAGUGACGGACUCGCAGCAAGUCAGAUGUAUAGUCCGCAGGGCAUCAGUGCUAAUGGAGGUUGGCAAGACGCUACUACCCCAUCGUCGGUGACCUCCCCCACAGAAGGCCCUGGCAGCGUUCACUCUGAUACCUCCAACUGAUCUCCCAGCAAAUUGCAUCCCUGGCUGAGCCGGCCCCGGCGGGGGCGGGAGGGGAGGGGGCCUCUCCUAACACCGCAGCAGUCAGACUGGAGGUGAACCCUAUCAGCACACACAAGAAGACUCCUUCUCUUCUCUUCUCUUCGUCGGGAUGCUUUUUUCAGCCAAUCUGGACACUUCUUUAUACUCUCUUCCCUUUCUUUUCUGGGUAGAAGCCACUCUCCCCCUCCCUGCCACCGCCACAACACCACUCCCUUCCCCUCACCCCUUCCCACCGAAGGAUUUGUCAACAGGUAGAAGGAUUUUAAGGAGGAAAAGCAAAAAUCAA